UACACCUCUGAAAUUCAUGUUUGGCAAACAGAAACACUAUACGGUACUCAAUUUUACAAACACUUUCGCAUUAAUGUACUCAAUGGGAGUAUGGAGUCCUCAAGCUGACGAAGUUUGAUUUUUCUGUGCCUUCUUUCCAGUGUGUUUGGUGAACGAAACAGCUGUCCUCGCUGUUUGCAACGACCUCUUGUCGGACGUGUACGCGAGCGCCGAUUUUUUUUUUUUUUGUCACAAACGCGCGUGAAAUUCCUACAGCUGUGUUUUGAUUUACUGCUCAACUGAUCACAUGUGGCUGAUGUUUGGCACUGGACAAUCGAAAUUUGAAGAUCAAAGGGAAUAUUUGCCUAUCUAUUGAAGCAGCAGGCUUAAAACGAUCGAACCAGUUUGAUCGAACAAUGUCAGGAUAUUGUGGAAUUUCUAUGCCGACGCCGAUGGUUCCAACUCCGCGUGGCUUGGAAGCCAUCUACUCCACUUUGAAACAAGUCUACCCUGAUCAGCCAAACCCGUUACAGGUUACUGCAGUAGUCAAAUAUUGGCUUGGUGGUCCUGAUCCACUGGAUUUCAUCAGCAUGUUUAAUAAUCCAGGAAGUCCAAUGGAUGGUAUUCCAUCUCACUGGCACUAUAUCUCCUCAGGCCUGUCAGAUCUCCAUGGUGAUGGACGUGUUCAUGAAGUCACCAGGGGAGACAGUCCCAGUGGCUUUGGAUUUGAGCUCACAUUUCGUCUGAAGAAGCAAGCUGGAGAGACAUCGCCGCCUAGCUGGCCAGCAGAAUUACUGCAGUCCCUUGCCCGCUAUGUGUUCCAGACAGGGAACACACUGUACAGUGGAGACCAUGUUUCCUGGCACCUGCCGUUGGAUCAGACACCUUCUGCCGCUGGGCAGUAUAACUGUAAUCCAUCUCACAUACAGCACAUGUUAAUGGUGGAUGAUCCUCGGUUACCAGUCGUAACAAGCCCGUUGGGAUCUGUUCGCUUCAUUCAGGCAGUUGGAAUUUGUUCAGAAGAACUACAGGCAGCUCAACAUUGGAAUGGGCCUGCUGUGUUGGACCUCUUACGAAAAGUACCACCAGCUGGUGGGCCUUGGCUUGUAACAGACAUGGAUAGAAUUGACUCAAUCUUUGAAAUUGAUCCCUCUCUUCAGGAAACAGUUACAACUGGGAUUAAGAAAGAAGGUUCUAAUCUGAGCGGUGUCAAUGCUAAAUGCUGGUGGGAAGAGAACUUUGUGAACAAUUCUACCAGCCAACACACCGGAUUCCCUCCUGGUUCAUCUCACGAUGCCCUGACAGGAAGAGACUUGCCUUCUCGCUUUCCUGUCCUGCCGCCCAUACGUGCAGGGUCUUCAGUUACGCCAAAAAGGUCACCAGUGGAUGGCAUGGCACCCGAGAGAAGGUCAGCUUGUAGCAGUGUUGUGAGUGAGAUUUCCAGGACAAGAACACUAAGAGGGAUUCAUCUUCGGUUUGGUUUGGAGGCUGCUAUGCUUCUACCACUUGCUUUGAGAGGCCGCCUAAAUCAUGGACGACAUUUUACGUUCCAUAGUUCAAUUAAUGACAUGGCCAUCACCUUUGUGUCUUCCAAUGUGACAGGCUCCAUAACCGACAAUGAGCACAGGUUUGCAGCCUCUGGAGCUUGGCUCCAGGUGCUGAUUACGGAUGACUUUCUGCAAAGGCUUGACAGAGACUUGGAUGAUUUAACAAAGCCAAAUGAGCUUGCCCUUCCAAGGGAAUAUCGCUGGCCAAGAUAUGGAAUGAUUAUCUCUGUUCUUCCAGAUGAUAACUAGAUUGUCGUUGUGGUUAAUACUGUACAAAAUUUGUUACUGUUAAUUACAUCAAGAAGCUAUUGAUGAACUGUAAGGCGAUGAAAGGCUGUGCCUUUGUGCACUGUCUUUUAUUACCAGCUCUGUAAAUAACUCAGGGUGUUGGCUGCAGCAGGGUGGCAGAGAAGUGAUCCUGGACACUUGGACAGAAAUAAGCUUUAUGUACAUUUAUACGUCUGUAAUGGAAACAGAAUGGGGUCUCCUUUGAACAAGCUAGCAUGAUAAAAAAGCACACUGGACCCUUCAUAUCUGUAUCUCAGAAUUCACAAUCUUGUUACUGUUUUCCAUACAUUUUAUACUUUUGCUUCAAGGGAGAAGUUGGUUGUCUAAGGCAUGUUGAGAUAAUCAGGCCAUUCAUUCAUGCCUGAUUGCAUGAAGUAAAACUAUUUAGGCAAACUUUUUUUAUACAAUUAAAUAAUAAAAUAGAUUUCUGGUGAAAGUGAAGAGAUUCACGUGUCUUGAAUUAAUUUAUCUUUCCUUCUGUUGGCAAAGCCUCUGAUACUAAAUGUGUGUACAUUUUUCAAGACUCAUUGCCAAAUUCCAUUUACAUGUAGGAAAUUUAAACAAUUAAAAAUACUUUUAUGAUUUUACUGAUAUUCCACAACAGUGGUACUGUAGUUUAAUUUUAGUGAAAAUAAAGUCCAGUGAUAUGCAAUGUAGAUUAUUAAGGAACUUACAAAAAGUAAAGAUCUGCUUUUCAACAAGA